CCAGGAUUAUCAUGCUGCUGGAAUCUCCCGUCUAAGUAUAAAUAGUACCGGAUAUGUUAGCCCCGUUCCAUUAGCAAGACGGAGGUUGUAUUGUCUUCACGCUGAAUACACCAUUACAUAGUGAAUACUGCGAAGUGAUUUAACUUCAUCAAAUAGAAUGUCCCUAUCACGUUUUACAUCCUGGGUCAUAGUUCAAUUAUUUUUAAUUGAGAUUAGUUCCAGCAUUACGGUGCACGUGAACUACACCAACAAUGACGUCAUCGACUCCCCGCUGCCCGAUGACGUCAACGUGACGGUGAUCAUCAACGACACAACGUCCGUCCUUCUACAACUCAAGCGUGUCCGCUACGUCGGUCUGGACACGCCUGUCUACACAAUCACGACGGACAAAGAUGGACGCCUCGUCCGGUCUAGGGAAGUUCUAGACUCCAGCGAGAAUAUCGGCUUCUAUCAGGACAUAAACAGCCACGCCUCGUUUGAAAUUGAAAGAAUCAACAACUUGGCGGAAAACGAGUUUCACUUCGCUGUGAGAGGAGAGUUUGUACAUGCAGGCCAAAAGUACUCACUUUCUCCAAGCACUCGUGUGGAGCGAGAUCUUACGUCACAAGACGACCAGUACGAUUUGCAGUUAGAAAAACUGCCCUCACAUUUUCAAAUGGACAGUCUCUAUCCAGAAAACCCAGACGGCUGGCCCUAUGAUACGUUGUCCCCGAAACUUCAAGCCCGACGACGUCGUCAAGCCAAGGCCGACUACUACAUCGACGUCACCGCCAUGUUGGAUUUCAUGUGCUGGAGAAGAUUCUUGUCUAAAGCCGCGGGUUCCAGACCUAACGCCAUCAACAACGUACUCGAGUAUUACGCAUAUAUUUUCAAUGGGGUCGAUCUUUUGUUCAAGAGUAUAACAUCAGCAGGCUUCAAGCUGAACAUUAGACUCACUAAAAUCGUCAUCU